AUGGGUGCUGGCUUUGUCCGCUCAAUCCAAUCAGCGGUUCCGAGUGUCGCACCAGGCAGCGCCUGGGCGCAGCGUGACAUUGGACCAACUCUGCGACGGUUCUUCGGAGCGUUUUACAACGGUGAUGUCUGGGCAGUCUACAGGCGGUACAGGAAUAUAGACGUGGAAAACUGUGGUUGGAUCAGCUACGAAGAGUUGCAAGAGAUUCUUUUCCUCCCUGAAUUCAAUCUGCUCUUUAUAUUUGAUGCCUUCAGUCAGCAGAACGCAUUGAUCGAUAGCCGAGAGCUCCUGGUGAUGGUUUGCCUAUUUAGCUCGUCGAAGCUGUCAGAGAAAUGUGGUCUCUUCAUGACCCUAUUCGACAACUCGCACAGUGGCACCUGCACGGCUGCUGAAGUCGCCAACUUUGCCACGCUGGCACUUCAAGUCCUUGGGCGAUGCACUGGUGCACCGGUCCGUGCAAAGGACAUUGCAGCCGCGAUGCAGGAAGAACUGUCAGAUGUGCUGCCGCUAUACCGUGAUGCAGUCAAUCGCCUUGGUUCGGAGGCCACCUUCAAAGAAGAGCGCAUCUUUGGCCAAGACGAGGUGGAUGAAAUUUGUUCAACUUUCAGGCUCCUGUAUGACGAGCUGCCCAUUGGUCAGGAUCCGCCUCCAAACUGUGUAGCUCCUCCCGCUCCAGACUGGGAUCAAGCUGCUGUUGAAACGAAGGACUCGAGACCAGCGACUGGCACAGUGCGGCAGCUAAAUCGGGGUUUGACAGAAGCCGAACUGACUCACAUGGCACUACUGGGAGGAAUGCAGAGUGACGAUGAGGAUGAGGACCGUGAAAAGGCCGUUGAGAUACUCAAGGAGAAGUCUCUUAUUCGAAAAAAGGAAAUUGAGGAGAAGGAAGCGGCAAAAGCUGCAGUGGAACCUGCUAGAGGUUGGAUGAUAAUACAUGGGGCUGAUUUUGUCGCCAUCUCCAAGGACAUUGCCAGAUUUCGGCAUCUUUUUGCCAAAUGCGUGGCCCAGGCGUUAGAAGUGCCGUCGGGGGUCAUUACUAUCGUGGACAUAACUCCUGGUAGUGUCGUGGUGGAGUUCCUGGUGCAUCCAUCUAUGCGUGGCGGUGAUCGCCGAACAGCGACACAGCUUCUCAUUGCGUUGGCAGAGCAUCUCAUUAAUGGCAAAAGUGUUCUACGGCGUGGCCAUUUCAGUGUUUAUGCAGCCAGUGCAGAACUGUUGGUUGGUGAGACCCGAAGAACUGCAGCCACUUGA